AUGCAAGUGACAUGGGAGGACCAGCAGAACAUUAACACCUUCAGCCGCUUCAACAACAGGUUCCAUGAACUCCAAGACGAUAUCAAAUUCGCCAAGGAAAAAUGUGACAAUCUAGAGGAUGCGGGGAACGAGUUGAUCCUAUCCGAUGAGGAGAUGGUGAGGUUUCAAAUAGGAGAAGUGUUUGCUCAUAUGCCGAGGGAAGAUGUGGAAACGAAGAUAGAAGAGAUGAAAGAGGCCACUUUCAAAAGCCUUGAGAAGCUCCAACAAGAGAAGGAAUCUAUUGUCUCACAAAUGGCGGAGCUUAAGAAGGUGUUGUAUGCUAAGUUCAAGGAUUCUAUCAAUCUUGAAGAAGAUUGA